GCAAUGGUUGACGUCUUGGGGAAGUGCAGAAACUUAUGUGGAGAGUGCUCGGCGAGAUGAAGGGAAAGUCAUCAUCAUCAUCGCUUGUCACGCUCGAUACGAUGAGUAAAGUUAUGAGGAGAUUAGCGAAAGCAGGCAAAAUCAAGGAGUUAGUCGUGAUGUUUUUGGUCUACAAUACAAUGAUUUCAGCUGCGGUUCAUCACUCGCGAGAUGAGACGGCUCUGCGUUUGCUUAAAAGAAUGGAAGAAGAGGAGGAGGAGGAGGAGGAGGAGGGGGGAUCAUGUAGUCCAAACGUUGAGACGUAUGCUCCGUUGCCAGAAGAAGAAGAUGAAGCUACUUGGAGUUGUGCUGCAGCACAUGGUGAGAAACGAUGUUAGUACCAUGUGGCGACCAGGGCAGGCUUAUUCUCAAUGGUGUUAUGGACCCUGGAGC